AAGAAAAAGAAAAAAAGCGUAGGCGUAGAAUCAAUCUGCGAUCUUUCAAUAUGAGAAGUCUUUCUGUGUAGUAGAGCGGAUCCGUAGAGUCUAGAGAGAGACAAAAAUAAAAGGCUUGCUUUGGCGGUUGAUUGGGCAAAACCAAAGAGAGAGAGAGGGAGAGAAGGACGAGGAAAUCCGGAGAAAGAGGGGAAGAAGAAGAAGAAGUUAAAGGAAAAGGAAGGGGCAGCAGCUGGGGCAUUUCAGUUUAGGGUUGCUCCACCUCAAAACUUUUCAUGGUCACCUCAGGCAACGACAGCCCUACCGGAAUCCACCGCUUUGGCGGCGGCGGAUUCGGGUCGGCUGUGGCGAUGCCGCCCUCCAAAACUGUCGUCGCCGUCACCGCCCUCGCCGGCUUUGCUCUCUUCGCUGCCAUUUUCUACACCACCACUAGUGGUCGACUCAAAUCACCCUGGUCUCGCUGGAGAAAGAAACAUGCCCUUUCACCUCAACAGUGGAGAAGUUUAUUUACAGCUGAUGGUAGACUCCGUGAUGGUGGAGUCAAGUUCUUGAAGAAAGUUCGUAGUACAGGUGUUGAUCCAAGUAUUAGGGCAGAGGUCUGGCCCUUCCUCCUCGGAGUCUAUAACUUAAACAGUUCCAAAGAAGAAAGAGAUGCUGUUAGAACUCAGAAAAGGAAGGAAUAUGAAAAACUCCGCAGAGAUUGCUGCCGGCUCCUAAAACACAGCACAGGGAGUUUUAAGUUUACUGAAAUAGGUGGAACUUGUCAAAACGGAGAAAGUGGGAGUCUUCUUCAGGACACAGACACAUCUAGCUCCCAAGAUGUGGUUAGUGCCAGAGAAUCUCUCUCUAGUGAGGAAAGGAGCCAGGAUGCUAGGGACUCAGACCAACCAUCCAGUACAUUGUUGGAAGGAGACGAUAGUUCAAGAAGAAUAACGAAUGCUGAUGUGUCACUGAACAGUGAGUCAUCAGACUCUGACUCUUCAGAAGACCUUGAAGUGAUUCAGGGUUCCCCCUCUUUAGAAGGCAGGGUGGUGAAUGAUCCUGACUUGUCUUCAAAAAGGAAUGUUUCUCCCUCAAGCACUGAAGGACUGUCAAAACUACGUGCAACUGAAGAUUUUUCCACCUGGCAGCGGAUCAUACGCCUAGAUGCUGUGCGUGCCAAUGCUGAAUGGAUGCCAUAUUCUGCUUCUCAGGCUGCAGUAUCAGACACAAGGGCUCGCCAUUCAGCUGAGGCUGUUGGGUUAAAGGAUUAUGAUCACCUGGAUCCCUGCAGAAUUUUCCAUGCUGCUCGUUUGGUUGCUAUCCUCGAAGCUUAUGCACUUCAUGACCCCGAAAUUGGCUACUGUCAGGGCAUGAGUGAUCUCCUUUCUCCAAUUAUUACAGUCAUGCCAGAGGAUUACGAGGCUUUCUGGUGUUUUGUAGGUUUCAUGAAGAAAGCUCGACAUAAUUUUAGGCUUGAUGAGGUGGGGAUCAGAAGGCAACUUAAUAAUGUUUCCAAGAUAAUCAAAUGCAAAGACUCUCACCUCUACAGGCAUUUGGAGAAGCUCCAGGCUGAGGAUUGCUUUUUUGUUUAUAGGAUGGUGGUGGUAUUGUUUAGGAGGGAAUUGACAUUUGAACAGACAAUUUGCCUUUGGGAGGUAAUGUGGGCAGAUCAGGCAGCCAUUAGAGCGGGGAUUGGGAAGUCUGCCUGGAGCAGGAUAAGACAGCAGGCACCCCCAACAGAUGAUUUAUUGCUUUAUGCAAUUGCAGCGUCAGUGUUGCAGAGGAGGAAAUUGAUCAUAGAGAAGUAUAGCAGCAUGGAUGAGAUUUUAAGGGAGUGCAAUAGUAUGGCUGGUCAACUUGAUGUAUGGAAACUCCUAAAUGAUGCGCAUGACUUGGUGGUAACUCUUCAUGACAAGAUAGGGUCGUCCUUUUGAUCAAUUACCACAUUUUGUCCACUAAUUUUAUGUGCUCAGUUCUUUCUUGAACCUGGUUGUGUAGGUAUUUCAAGUCUCCUUUUCGAUGCACUGCUUGAAAUGCUGUCUGUGCUGAGUUGUAUUUACUUAUUUUGUCACUGCUCACUCUCAAGGCUAAGUAGGUAGUGGCAAUAGUUGAAAAAUGCUUAGUUAGGCUUGAUUUGAAUGCGUGGUGAGAGGGCUCCCACCGAACCGGGGUUUGUGUUU